AUACUUUCAGGGAUCAUUUCUAUAGUUUGUUACUAGAGAAGUUUCUCUGAUCGUGUAGAGCACCCGAAACCACGAGGAGGAGCUGUAGCGUCAUCUCCUGAGCGUGAAGCUGGCUUUUGGUGUUGCUUAUUGCAACUGCCAUUGGUCAUUGAUGAUCGUUCUUUCCUUCCUUUGGAAGGUUAAGAGGGAGAAGACGCGGUCUGAGUGGUUUCUGUCUUCAUUCCGUAAUAUAAAAUUAGGCUGUAUUAGUGCUAGAGUUAUGUAGAGCUAUCAUUGUUAUGAACUUGGGCGUUUUUUCUUUUGUGUUGAGGUGUUACCUAAAGUGAAGUGUUCACACAUGUCGUAAAAGUUUGAUGAUGAGUAGUUUUCUUUAUGGAAUUUAUGUCGAUGCAGUUAAUUCCCUGGGCCAGACAGCACUUUUCAUUGCAGCAUUAUUAGGCCUUACAAAAUUAGUUGAUAUUCUGGUGGAUUAUGGAUCAGAUCCAAAUCACCGCUGCUUUGAUGGGAGCACCCCUGUCCAUGCGGCAGCAUUUUCAGGCAAUCAGUGGAUCCUCAGCAAACUCCUGGAUGCUGGGGGUGACCUUCGACUCCAUGAUGAGAAGGGUCGAGACCCGCAGACCUGGGCCCUGACAGCUGGGAAGGAGCGCAGCACUGCGGUGGUGGAGUUCAUCCAGCGCUGUGCCUCCCACAUGCAGGCCAUCAUCCAGGGCUUCUCCCGUGACCUCCUGAAGAGGGUCGACUCCCCUCAGCGGCUCAUCUGCAGCCCGCCUCGGUUUGGCGGCCUCAUGCAGGGAAGCCCUAAUGGCUCUCCUAACCGACUACUUAAAGCUGGAGUCGUUUCUGCCCAAAAUAUCUACAGCUUUGGCUUUGGGAAGUUUUAUCUCACAGGAGGGACACAGCUGGCCUAUCUGGGAUCUCUUCCAGUAAUUGGAGAAAAGGAAGUGAUUCAAGCUGAUGACGAGCCUGCCUUCUCUUUCUGCAGUGGCCCAUACAUGGUCAUGACCAACCUGGUGUGGAACGGGAGCAGAGUGACAGUGAAGGAGCUGGGCCUCCCCACCCACCCGAACUGCAGCAGGCUGCGGCUGGCUGACUUGUUGAUUGCUGAACAGGAGCACAGCAGCAAGCUGCGGCACCCCCACCUGCUGCAGCUGAUGGCCGUGUGCCUGUCUCAGGACCUGGAGAGGACCCGCCUCGUGUAUGAGCGCAUCACCGUUGGCACACUGUUUGCUGUUCUCCAUGAACGGCGGUCCCAGUUCCCCGUGCUGCACAUGGAGGUGAUCGUGCACCUGCUGCUCCAAAUCUCCGAUGCCCUGAGAUACCUGCAUUCUCGGGGCUUCAUCCACCGCUCCCUCAGCUCCUACGCCAUCCACAUUGUCUCCACAGGGGAAGCGAGGCUGACCAACCUGGAGUACAUGCUGGAAAGCCAGGAUGGAGGUGUACACAGGGACCUGACUCGAGUACCUCUCCCGACCCAGCUGUACAACUGGGCUGCCCCAGAGGUGGUUUUACAGAAGGCAGCCACAGUGAAAUCGGACAUCUACAGCUUCUCUAUGAUCAUACAGGAGAUUUUAACAGACAACAUACCCUGGGAUGGCUUAGACGGCUCAGUUAUUAAAGAAGCCAUUGUCUUGGGAAAUUAUUUAGAAGCCGAUGUCAGGCUUCCAAAACCUUACUAUGAUAUUGUUAAGUCAGGCAUCCAGGUCAAGCAGAAAGACCGAACUAUGAACCUUCAAGAUAUACGGUAUAUCCUGAAGAAUGACCUAAAGGAUUUAAUUGGAGCCCAGAGAACUCAGCCAGCCGAGAGCUCUGGGGUGCAGAGAUACGAACUGCAUCCAGAUGUCGAUGUCUACCUAGGACUGACUUCAGAACAUCCAAAGGAGACCUCCGAUUUGGAAAUAAAAGAGCUGAAGGAAGCCGCAGGCAGUCAGCUUCAUUCACCAAGGAGUCAGUCUUCUCCUGUCGGAAAAGCAACACCAGAUCCUCAGGCCCCAGAUCCAAAUCUGAUGGCCGAGGAGACUCAGAACCAAGAUGCUGCUUCUCCUGCUUGCUCUAUGGCAGAAGAGGCCAGAAGCCCCAGCCCUGGUCAAGCGAGCCUCUGCAGCUUUGAAAUCAACGAAAUCUACUCAGGCUGCCUGGACGUGGGAGAUGACAAAGAGGAGUCCCCAGGAGCUGGUUCAUCUGUUGAGGGGACUAGACCCAACCAGGGAAAUGAGCUGAAGUCCUUGGAAGAUGAGUUGGAAAAGAUGGAGAGAGAAGCGUGCUGUUUUUAUGACGAGGAUGAGAGCUCUUCGGAAGCUGACACAGAGCUCUCCUUUGAGGACUGGGACUGGCAAAACGGUUCGCUUAGUUCACCCAGCCUGCCUGAGCCAGCCAGAGAGGCCAAGGGCAACACGAGGAAUAGGUCCAUGACCGAGGAGUACAUCAGUAAGUGUGUGCUGAAUUUAAAGAUUGCACAGAUGCUAAUGCACCAGAAUGCCGAUUUGCUGAGGAAAACCCAGCAGAAAAUCAGUAAGCUGGAGAUGAUCCAGAAGGAGCAGGAGGAGCGCAGGUCUCUGUGGGCUUCUUCAAGAGAGUUUGCUAACGUCUAUGACUUGUCGCCAGCCCUGGGCCCCCCAGCUUCCAGUUAUGUUCCACCUGUCAUGCAGCUGCCUGAAGACGAGCCACUGGAUGCCAGGGGCAAUUGCCCGACCCUAGCAAGGUCUCCAAGAAUAGUGAGAGACUUUGAAGCAGGACAUUUUGGUAAAAGGACCAGAAAAAAAAGUGGCUGUGACUGGAAACCUUUUACUACUUUCACCCAAGUCUUUGAAGAAAGCACUGGGGAUCUGUCAGAGAAGAGCCAUCAGCUGCCAACUCUUUGUGGCCCUGGCAAACAGAGCACAGGUGAACAAUUUCAGCCCACUCCAGGAGCCAAGGACAGUUUGGAAAGAAAUAGGAACCAAAAUACCAGCAGCCAAGAAAAGCCUAGAGAGUCCAGUGCCCAAGCCAAAGUGACACAGCUAAAUAGCGCACUCUUCACCAUGUCAAACCACCCACAGGGACCCCUAGUGGCAUCCAGACGCUCUACUAGGACCGCUGCGGAAUCUGUGUCUUCUGAAAUGUAUAAUACGAAGUCAAGAAAUGAAGAUAAUGGAAAGGUACACUUGAAAUGGAAAAUGGAGGUGAAAGAAAUGGCAGAGAAAGCAGCUACUGGGCAGCUGGCAGUACCUUCUUGGCAUCCUCAGAGUAGUUUGACUUCAGAGAAUGAGGCUGAAAACAAGCCCGAUUCCCUGCUGCAGCCCAUUAGGGACGCUGAGAAUGUGGAUUGGCAGCGUGUCGUAGAGUAUCCCAGGAGAUAUGAUGAGCCAGGACGAAAUGGCAAGUGUGACAGACCGGACAACAGUGACCGUGACAAUGACCAGCAUGGCUUCACCAAUAUCAGGCACCUGUCUCUCAGAAAAAACAAGCAACCAGAGCAUAAUCAAGUCUUACAAGUAAUUUCUGAAGCAUCUGUGAUCAUUGAGAAAUCUUACAGCGAUCAGUCUGUGCAAUCAACUUGUUCACCAGAGUCUUCUGAGGACAUAACAGAUGAAUUUUUAACUCCAGACCAUGUAUAUUUUUACUCCUCCACCACUCAAGGAAACUUAGCUCUAGAGACCUCAAGUCCCAUAGUAGAAGAGGACUUCCACAGAAUGAGAGAUGCUUUUGCCCAACCUCAAGGCGCUGAAAAGGUCCAAAUGAGAAAAAACCUUGGAAAGAAUGCUGAGAUUUUGACCAGGUCUCAAUUCCACCCUAUACGAAGUACUGAAGGUGAACAAGAGGAGACCUUAAAGGAGUCACCAAAGGAACUGAAAGAGAAAGACAUAUCAUUGACAGACAUUCAAGACCUGUCUAGUAUCUCCUAUGAACAAGAUGGUUCUUUUAAGGAAGUCUCAUGCAAAACACCCAAAAUAAACCACGCACCUACUAGUGUCAGCACUCCGCUCAGCCCAGAGUCAAUUUCUUCAACUGCCAGUUGCUAUAAAGACUGCCUUGAAAGUAUCCCAUUUCAGGUGAAAACAGGGUCUACCUCAUGCCAGAACAGUCAAGAAUCUAUUCGAACUUUGUCUGAUAAAUUUACGACAGUCCGAGAGAAAGCCAAGAGCCUAGAUUCCCUCCUUACUUCCUCUGAAACUCUCCCUUCAAGAUUGACUGAUCUCGUUCUAAGUGCCCGGCUCUAUGCCAGGCCCUCUUCUAGGCAUCCAAAUGUGAAUAAGAGAGUCAGUCCCUGCCCCCAAAGGAGCUCAUCGCCUAGUGAGAGAGACUGGAACACAGAGAAAAGAUUGUCUUCAUUUACUGGAGCUGGUUCCUCCAGCAGUGUUAAGGCGCCUGACACAUCAUCUCAUACCACUCAGAGAAGGAGCCUGCAGAAAGAACUAGUAGAAGCCAUCUCGAAGCAUCACACUGAUGAGCUACCACCACCAUCUCAGGAGCUACUGGAUGAAAUUGAGCACUUGAAGCAGCAGCAGGCCUCAUCCACAGUUUUGGAGAACACAGCAAGUCCUUUGGGCAUCGUUGCAAAUGAUCAAAGGCAUUUAGAAGAACAAGAAAAUAACAGUAAGAAAGAAGAUAGCAGUAUGCUUUGGACCAAAGAAACUCAGGAUCUAGAAGAGGACACAGAGAGAGCUCACUCUACUCUUGAUGAAGACUUGGAAAGAUGGCUGCAGCCACCUGAGGACAGCACGGAGCCACAGGAUCUCCCCAAGGGCUCUGCAAGGGAGACAAAUACCAAGGAUCAAGAAGUUGGUGAAAAGAAGAGAAAAGAGGAAGAAGGCAUUAAGCCAGAGAGAAGGAAGUCAGAGAGCUUUUUAGGGACUUCUGAAGAAGAGGAACUAAAACCUUGCUUUUGGAAGCGGCUGGGUUGGUCAGAACCAUCCAGGAUAAUCGUGCUGGAUCAGAGUGACUUGUCAGACUGACGGGAACCAGAUCAUAGAUGGACUCUCGGCCUGAGUCUGAGCAUCCUGCUUGUGAGCUCCCUUCCUCCCUGUCUGCUUCAGUCACCCUCAGGGCAGUGGUUCCCUAACUCACACUUUGUUCAGCUGCCGGAACAGACAGACUUGGUCCUGUCUGUUUGUAGCACAUUUAACCACUUGUUUUCAGUCAAAUUUCUGAAAAGUGAAAGGUAGUUUUGAUUGUAAAAAUUUCUCAUUGUGCCCAGAAUAGCUUUUGGUUUUGUUGAUAUAAAUGUUCAAAAACGUUUACUCCUGUUAUAUAAUAAAAUGUUUAC